GUCAGUUCACACAAUGCUCCAGGCGGAAAUGCGCAACUGGCUGGAGCCCCUGCGCAUGCCAAGCAGUAUUGUCAAAUAAUUGCGCUGUUUUCGCCUCACUGACCCCGCGCAGUUAUUUUGUGUUGCUGCCCCUUAGCUGCAGGGAAGCACUGGCAGCAACACCCGGCCCAAACCCCUAGUCUCGAAACGCCUAUAUAAGAGGAUCGGUUCGCAGCCUCUCUCCCUCUCCACAGACUCUUUACUUUUCUAUCGAUCACUACAAUCCACAAAAGCUUCUCCACACAUACCAAACAUUCACCAAACAAUUAUAGCAAUGGUCUGCCCCUGCGAUAAGAAGACUGCUGCCGCUGGUUGCGUCUCGUGCACCUGCGCUGGCAAGUGCGACUUCCCCACCUGCACCUGUGGCCAGCCCGGAGCCGGUGCGUGCUCGUGCCCCGAAACCUCCAACUGCAAGACAUGCAAGUGCUCUGGCAAGUGCGAGUGCGCUGAUUGCUCGUGUGCCAAGUGCGGUGCCGAGGAGGUCCAGAAGUCGUGCUGCUCGUCCAAGACUGAGAAGUCGUGCUGCUCGUCCAAGCCUGCUGCUGCCUGCCAGUGCGGCGACAAGUGCGAGUGCUCAUCGGCCAAGGCUGCCUGCGCCUGCGGCCCUUCUGCCUGCAAGUGCAAGGAAGCCGGAUCGAGCGUUGCCGAGUGCAAGUGUGCUGAGUGCAAGUGUGCUACUGUCUGCAGCUGCGGUGACAAGUGCAAGUGCGCCGAAACUGCCAAGUCGUGCUGCUCGUCCAAGCCUGCUGCUGCCUGCCAGUGCGGCGACAAGUGUGAGUGCUCAUCGGCCAAGGCUGCCUGCGCCUGCGGCCCUUCUGCCUGCAAGUGCAAGGAAGCCGGAUCGAGUGUUGCCGAGUGCAAGUGCGCCGAGUGCAAGUGCGCCAGUUGCGGUAGCGCAUGCGCCUGCGGCGACAAGUGCGAGUGCGGUGCUGAGUGCAAGUGCAGUGAGGCUGCCCCGGUGUGCUACGGAUGCCCGUGCGGUGCCGAGUGCAAAUGCAACGGAUCUGAUGACAAGUGCUCUAUUGGAUGCACUUGCUAAGCACUUUUGCAUGCGAGUGCAAGCAGCAUCGCCAGCCACAUCUGAUCUUUCUGUAAUUUUCUUCCCAUCAGUAGCUUCUCAUUAAAAGGAAAAAAAGCCAAUCAUAAAAAUCAC